UUUUAUUAGUAUAUUUUCUAAAGGGAAAUGAAGAAAUAUUAAACGCUAAAAAUUUAACUGCGGAUCGUAUCUUAAAUGGUUGUGAAUUCUGUUAUAUAUAGUACAUAUUUUCUGCUCAAGAUGUUUUACCACACUUGUAAAUAAGUAUAUUCUGUCUUAAUACUGAAAAAGGUUAUAUCUGUGAAUCGAGUCUUCCAUUAUGAAACUUUAAAACUGAGCGAUUUUAGGUCUUUAGUAGUCUGAUAGAAUGCACUGAUAUUUUGCUUCGAUUUGAACUUUUACAUAUUCAAGAUGUUUUGUGAAAUCGUUCUAGCAUUUCUAAUAUUUAGCCAGUUGUUUACUGCAAUGUCGCAUGUAGUUUAUAAAGUUCAUCAUUAUAUUUGAACUUGCAGUUCAGCACCGUAUUGAGUGUUAAAUAGUGUCACUUUUGCCAUCGCUUUUAUUUCGUAUGGGACAUUUUAGCAGUCUUGUGCAUUUAAUUUUAGACAAACUUGGAUAAUCGUGUGAAUGUAAACAUUUUGUAUCUGUCAUUAUCUUUGGAUAAAUGAACUGCAUAGGAAAGUUAUGAAAACAAAAGUGCAGAAACAUUAAAAGUGAUCUCAAAAAACAAGAAUUUAUUCCAGUUGUGCGCUACUACAAGCAAGGAACUGUGUAAUCUAAUUACGCAAAGAGGAAAGAAACAUCUAUCAUGAUUUUGUAAAGAAUAUAUGAUACUAACGACGAAGUCUUCCAUUGUUGUCGCCUUAUAUGUAAGAAUUUUUUCAACUUACGCCGUUCAGAUGCCUUCAAGUUUUACAUAUCGCUAGAUCAAGGUCAAAAGAAAAGUCUUCCAUUUCAGCUUUUAAAGUGAAUCUCCGCUCAACGUUACCGUUGUAUAUGAUUCUGCAGCUAUUCAUUGUGCAGAUUUGAGAGCAGGGCAUUUUUAUUAUGUAAUUGUUUGUAUGCAUAUAUUGAAGUUAUUACAUCGCUUCGUUACGGGACUUUAAAGAUUCGUUAAAGUUUUGUGCAAAAACAGCUCUGAGAUUGAGCUUCAUAAGUCUUCCAAGUAUUUGCUCAUAUUUAUUAUUUUAACCGCAUUUGUUAUAUUUAUGAGAACAAGAAAGUUUCCUUUCAUCUUUUAAAAAUUGAUAACUUUGCAAAGUUUUACAAAUCUUUUCGACGUGAUGAGGAGCUCUAAGAAGCACCAGGCACGUAAUGAGUUGCAUUUCAUAUCUGCUCCUGCUGUGGUCCAGGGAUCUACGUCCAUGUCCAGAGCGAGGAGUCGGAAUUUAGCUCCUGUUGACGAUAAAGUACUGUUUGAGAGGCUUUGGAAAGGAACUUUUCGAGCCAUUGUCGCCGCCAGUCUUCAAGCGAGGGAUAAGGAAAGCAAUGCAAUAUCCUCGCGCAAGAGUACACUGAGAAGUGUUAUCAGUGUAAAAGAAAGUCAUCAGCUUGCUGAAGCCAAUCAAGAAAAAAACUUGAAAAUGAGAGAGGCUCUAGGAAUCAGUCAGUAUUUUGUUGAAGGAAGUUCACUUGAUCCUGAAAGAAAAGCCAAGGAAGCAGCUGCAGCUGCUGCUGAAGAAGCUAAGAAAAAAUACGCAUUGAUACCUGAUUCCAGCAGUUCUUCUUCACCAGAAAGAGUGCAUGAGAAAGAAAAGAAAAGAAAGAAGAAGAGAUCUCGCACUAGCCAUGAAAAACCAGAGUCAACUCAGAAAAAGAAAAAAAGUGUCAAAAAGCAUAAAAAAGAACGAUCAUUAUCACCUGAAGUGCGAAAAAAGAAAAAAAGAACUAGCAAAGAUAAAUCUAAACGAAAAAGUAAGCAUGAAAAUGUAAGGAAAAAACAGGCUCAUUCUUCUUCUAGUAGUUCAGAUUCUAGCAGUAGCUCAAAUGAUGAUGAAAGCAGUAGUAGAUCUAGUAGCAGAAACUCCAAUUCAGAAAUUGAUAGUGAUGUGUCAAAUCAUGGAAAACACAAAAAUGCAUCUAAACAUGGAAAAAACCAUAAAAGCCACAGGAAAAGAAGCUCCAGUUCUGAGAGCAUUCGUUAUUCUAAAGAUACAAGAUCACGCAAGGAUAUAUAUGAAGCUAAGAAAGGGAAACGCAGAAGAAAAUCUUCACGUACAUCAUCAUCAUCAUCAUCCGAUGAUGAUUCCUCUCCAAAACAGUACUAUAGAUUAGAGCCAAUUCUUUUGAAGUCAAAAAUUAAACACAAAAAAGGUCGUCAGUUUAUUGAAGUUCCCAAAAACAGUGCUUUUGAAAUUAAAAAGUAUGAUAUAAAGAAAAGAGUACGGAAUUCAUCAUCAUCAAGUGAUGAAAAGCCAUCUAAACAUGAGAGUAAACGUUGUAGACACUCUCAGUCACCAGUAAAUGCCAAAUCUUCAAAACAUCAUUCCUCAAGAAUGGAUAUGGAUAAAGGUACACACAGACAAAAUGAUCUUAUGAAGGAUUCAAGGAAACAUGGGAAACUUCGUAGAAGGUCUGCUUCAAAGGAAAAUUCUAGACAAAACAGAUCCACAUCUUCAAGUAGUCAUCAUAAACUUCAUCGUGGCACUAAAUUACGAAUAGAAGAUUUGAACAAUGCUUCCAGGAAAGGAAAAGGAAAAUCAUCCAGAGAUGAUGACAGACACCAUGAUAAAGAAAGUAGGGAGAAGAACAAAUGUAGUCGAAAAGAAUCUCCUUCACCCAAGCAUCGCAAUGGUGUAGAUAAACGUUCCAUUAAAUCUGUUUCCCCAGAAAGUGAUGUUUCACAUAAAAGCAAAAAAUUGUCAAUUUCAUCGAAACAUAAGAAACUGAUGCCAAAGUCACCUUCCUGUUCUCCUCCAUACAAGCACAAAAAACAUGUAAUUGAAUCACCAUCACAUUCUUGUAGUCCUUACAGAAAAAAGCAUGCAGUAAAAUCAUCUCAUGUAUCGCCAUCAAAACACCACUCAAAACCGUCAGUAUCCCGUGAAUCUUCCUCAGAUUCAUCUGCAAGAAACAGAGGGCAAAAACAUGAUUAUGGGAGAGAAAGCUCUUCAAGCCCUUCAAGAGAUAAGUACAAAGAUAGCAAAGACAAAAUGAGCUCAGUUCAGAAGUGGGCUAGUGAUAAAAAAAGUUAUAUUAAAAAGAGGUCACAAAGUAAAAGUCCUCUUAAAAUUUCUAAAACAUUAAAGCAAAAAAUGGGUGAUGAAAAUAAAAAUCAAGGGGAAAAUUUAAGGUUAGAUAAAGCUACAGAUAAAUUAAACCAGAAGCAAGAUUCUGAUGUAUUGCAGUUAAAAAGUUGGAAGUCAAAAGCUGAGGUUAAAGAUGUAAGUAUUGUUUGUGAAAGUCCAAGCUCCAGCCCCAGUCAUCAACCCAUUGAUAAUUUCAGAAGCAGUGCAUCAAAUUCAAAAAAUAAGUCUCCAGUACAAAAGAAGAAAACUGCAAGUCCUUAUGAUAAUGGAGAAUAUGCCAGUGCUAAUUCUCAUCAGAUUACCACCUCAAAUAUGUCUUCCUCACAUAAUCAGAAAAGUCAAAACAUUAAUUCCAAAAGUCCCAACAGAGAUUUUAAAGCAAAUGAUUCUAAAAAGAAACAGAAAAAUGAAAGUCCUGCUUAUAUGAAGCAGUCUAGCAACAGUUCAACAAAUAAAAGAAGCCCAGUUUGGUCUGGAAUAGGAGAUUUAGACACUCACCUGAGUUCUCUGUCUCCUGCAGAUAACACAGUCAUUAAGGCAAACAUUAAAAAAGGUAGCUUGGGAGAGCGAAAUGAAAGUCCAGGUCCUGCAGAAAUGAAACACUUUUCUGUAGAAAAUUCAGCUGAUGGCAAAAAGGAAAAAUGUCAUGGUAUCAAGAAUGGAAGCAGUUCUACACAGAAUUUGAACUACCCUGAGAGUCCAAGCAAUAACGAUUCGGUCCAAAGUGACAAAAUCAUUACUCCAAACACUGAUUAUGCAUUUGAUUCUGAGAUGCAGAAAAUAAACAAUGGUCAAGAGCAUUCUUUUGGUAGAAGGAGAGCCAGAAUACUAGACAGCAGCCCAUCACGUAGCAGAAGUGCAAGUGAAAAUCCUGAAGUUGCACAUGAUGUUAAAAAUAAAGCAAAUUAUCGAAGAACAUCUGAAUUAAGUCAUUGGAGAAAGAGAAGUUGCAGUCUGAGUGGUAGUGAAAGAUCAAGUCAAAGUCGUAGCAGGAGUUCCAGCAACAGAGACAGCAAAAGCCGUAGUAAAAGCUACAGUAAAAGUCGUAGUAAGAGCAGGAGUAAAAGCCAUAGUAAAAGUUGCACUAAGAGCCGUAGUAAGACACGUAGCAAAAGCCGAAGCAGAACCCACAGCAGAAGUCCAAGCAAGAGCUGUAGUAAAAGCUACAGCAGAAGUAGAAGCCGAAGUGUGUCUAUAUAUUCAAGAUCUCGGUCUCGAUCAUAUUCAUCUCGAUCUCGUUCACGGUCCAUUGCAAGGAGCCCAUCCAUUCCUCGCAGACGAGGAUCUCCUAGUUUUCUAGAUAAAAGGAGGAUAACAAGUGCACGUAAACGACCUGUACCUUAUCGUCGACCAUCACCACCAACACCUAGCAGUUCAAGUUCUUGGUCAUACCACAGUCUUUCCAGGUCUUCUUCCCCUGUACACCCUUUAUCCCAUUCUCCUGUUUCAAGGUGUAGUUCUAGAAGUUUUCGCAGUAGAUCACAAUCAUGGAGUCCAGUAUUACGACAGAAAUAUGAAAUUUCAAUGAAUAGUGCUCUCCGAUAAUGAAGUAUAAUGUUAUCUCAAUUGAAAAUGCUUUUAACAUGUGUUUAUUCAGUGCUGAGAGAGUUAUUGUUAUUUUUGAAAUUUGUUCCAAAACUUACUUUUUAAAUAUAUACUCUCUCAUGUCCUGAGCACCAUAUAUUUAUUUCUUGCAGUAAUUAUGUAUUUGUAUCUGUGUAUAAAGAAAAGAUUGGAUUUGAAAUCUCAUUAUGAUGAUGAUGAUGUAUAAAAGAUCUUGAUAAAGUGUACUUUGAUUUUGCUUUUAGAAAACAUUUUAAAAAGUAAAGAGAUUUGAACAUAAAUUUAAUAAAUGGAUUUUUUACAUUUCAAAUUACACUCAUGUUUUCUUAAAUAAUUUGUAUUAAUUUGUAUCUUGAAUUUGAAAGUAUUAUUUAAUUAAGACUGAUUACAUAAAAAGGCAUUAAAGUGCAAGGUAUACAGCUAUUAUAUUAUGUUAAUUUUAUAUCUUUGAAAACUGAAAAUUGUGUAUUUCUUUUUACAGUUACAGGAAGACAAUUGCUCUUUUUUUUUCUUUAAGAAAUAGUUAUAUAAAGUUCAUUAAACAAGAAAUUUUUAAUAACCUUAGAAAUUUAAAGAUGUUUCUGAUAUGUCACAGAAGUAUGAAAUCUUAAUUUAUAUGAAUUUGUUUUACAAAUACUUUACAAAAAAAUUAAAUUUAUAUAAAAAUACAAAACAAAAAGUUUCUUUGCAUAGAUAUUCUUUACAAAUUUCACACAUUAAAAAAGGUUUUAAAAAAUUUCAUAUUGAAAUAAGGCUAGUUCUAUUAAAAGUUAACAGUACUUGAAUAAUUUUGAAUCUAGUUUUAAUCUGCAGUAUAAUGGUGACAAAAACCUUUAUCUAUUUUUUAAAAGGUACAAUUUGUGUUUAAUAAUAAUUUUUAAUAGCAUUGUAAUUAGUUACUUUGGUACUCUUCUGUUUUGAGGGCCGUAAAAAUAUUUGCAGCGAAAAUGUAUGCGC